AUGUUUCGCUUUUUUAUGGGCACUGCAGUUGUCGAUGGCGAUUUUAAAACCAUUAAAGUGGAUGAUUAUAAAGGAAAAUGGCUAAUCGUCUUCUUUUAUCCGUUAGAUUUGAUAUCUUUAACGUGUAACGCAGCAGCUCAGUGGCGCUGCUUUUUGUUGUGGCAAAACGAUCCUUGGUUCGAUGAUAGCACUUUCGUAUGUCCAACAGAAAUAAUUGCAUUCAGCGAUCGUUCACCCGAAUUUCGCAAACUGAAUGCUGAAAUAAUCGCUUGUUCAUGUGAUUCGCAUUUCUCGCAUUUAGCUUGGACGCAUACACCUCGAAAAGAUGGAGGACUAGGCAAAAUGGAGAUUCCACUUCUCGCUGAUUUUAACAAGCAGAUUGCUGAUUCUUUUGGAGUUUUAGAUCAUCAACUCGGUGUUUCUUACAGAGGAUUGUUUUUAAUUGAUCCCAAUGGAGAAAUUCGUCAUUCUCUGGUAAACGAUUUACCAGUUGGCAGAAGCGUUGAUGAAGCCUUGCGAAUUUUGAAAGCUUUUCAGUUUGUUGAGAAACACGGUGAAGUUUGCCCUGCUGAUUGGGAGGAAAAUGAACCAACUAUCAAACCAGAUGUCAGCUCAUCAAAGGAGUAUUUUAAUAAAGUGAAUAAAUAA